AUGCUGAAUUUGACAUCUACUCGCGUAAAGUAUGAAAUUCGGCUCUGUGCUUUUGGAGACAAUCAGAUUGAGGUUGUCAGGCAGAAAAACGAUGAGUUGGCAUUCUUAGUGGAAAAGCGUGAGGUGGAAUUGAAAAAUAUUCGUGAACUUCUGGACGAAAAACGAUCACAAAUUGAAGAUUUAAAGGAAGAAAAUGCAAAGUUUAAGCUCGAAAUUACACAGCUGAAAACGGAGUUGGAACAGAUCCAGAAUGAUUUCCGCAAUUUCCAGGUCCAAGCUGAAGUUCAGUAUCGAGCAGAAACUACCCAAAUGGAGCAACUGAUAAAGGAAAAGGAUGAACGUUUGGAACGCUUACUGAAUCGGAUUGCUCUCUACGAAUCUUAUCCUGGACAGAGCGCUGUUUCUACUUGGAGUGAAUCGAAUUCCGCUACAAAUGCUACUGUUUGGGAUGCUCUUCCUGGAGAACGUAUGAUGGCCGAAACAUUGAUCAAACCAACAAAGAUUUUUGCGAAUAAAUCAACAGAAUGCGCUGACCUGGUCACAUCGGUGCAAUCGGAAACGAUGCGACAAGACGAUUCAUGCCAAACCCCAAAUAUUACUAUAUAUGAGCCGGGCUCGAGCAUUGAAACAUCGUCUGAAAGUUUAGCGGUCGCCGCAUUACGUACGGAAAUAGAUGAAUCCAAAAAAGUACAUGAUUCAUUGGCGGCUAUGCUUGAUUGCGUCCGACAUGCCCAGAUUCGUGGUAAACUAAGCCCAAAUAUACAGCAGUUAUUGGAGAAUCUCUUCAGUGAAGUGCAGCAAAGCGACAAAUCGCUGGAAAAAAUUGCUGAAUUGGUCAAUCGUUUCUUUGCAAAUUUGGAAUUGGCUUUACGACGAACUCUUUCUGCAGCCGAUGAUAAUAGAAUCAGAUGCGAAAAACUGGAAGAUUCGUUAAAAAAGGUGACGUUGGAUUUGCACAGUAUUCAAAGUGAACUG